UCAUGCUGCGCGGGGGUCAUGGAGGUGGCGAUGGCUAAAAACGACUCGUUGUAGCUCUCGUUAUACAGCCAGACCCUUUGCAUAACUCGUCAGCAGCCCGAAAGCAGGCCUGACGGUGCGCGCCCAACCUUGGCCCCUCAGCCGUGCUCCACAGACACCUUGUGGCCCAUUCGUAUCUUGUUGUGUUGUAUCCUGCGUCGUCAUUUUCGAUCGACCCUUUGUUGUAUCGACGACGCUGAUUCAACGUUGACCAGCACUUUUUUCUCAUUUGUGAACUGCCACCUUUGCCGUGCCUUGGGGCCAGGUUUCAGCUUCUUAUUCCUCCAAACACAACCGCUAUCAUGGCUGACUCCGAUUGGGAUUCCGUGACUGUGCUUCGCAAGAAGAAGCCCACCGCCUCGCAGGCCAAGUCGUCCUCGGCCGUGAACGAUGCUCGUCGCAAGGGUGCUUCCAUCGACACUAGCUUCAAGUAUGCUGCUGGUACCAACAAGCAGCAUUCCAUGGACAAGAACACGGCUCGUCUGGCUGAGGAGACGGAGGAGCUCCACCACGACAAGGUUAGCAUGUCGGUGGGCAAGGCCAUCAUGAAGGCCCGCAACGAGAAGAAGCUGACCCAGAAGGACCUCGCCACCCGGAUCAACGAGAAGCCCUCGAUCAUUCAGGAGUACGAGUCCUCCAAGGCCAUCCCCAACCAGCAGAUUCUCGGCAAGCUCGAGCGUGUUCUUGGCGUCAAGCUGCGUGGCAAGAACAUUGGCGAGCCCUUGGCGAGCAAGCCGAGCAAGAAGUAAAUUGAAAAGGCUUCCUUCUCUUUUUCUUCUUGCUUCUUUACCCACAAGAAUGGCCAAGAUUGCCUUGCCUUCUGAAAGGGCAAAGCAAUGUCAAAUGGGCCGCGCCCAAUCUAUCGCAAUCCUGAAACUCGUUCGUCGGCUGUUGUGUGUUGUGUCGGUGCUUCCCUAUGGUGUGCCGUGCGCAUCUCCCCGGUGCCAAUGAGUGCUUGGCAUGUGAAUUCACUCCUUUACACCUG